AUGAAGACUGCUUCUACAAACAUUUGUGAAAGAAUGGGUCGCUCUCAGCUCAAUGAAUUCAAGCGUGGUACCGUGAUAGGUUGCCACCUGUGCAAUAAGUCCAUCUGUGAAAUUUCCUUGCUACUAAAUAUUCCACGGUCAACUGUUAGUGGUAUUAUAACAAAGUGGAAGAAACUGGGAAAAACAGCAACUCAGCCACAAAGUGAGUGGGGUCAGCGCAUGAUGAAGCGCACAGUGCGCAGAAGUCGCCAACUGUCUGCAGAGUCACUAGCUAAAGACCUGCAAACUUUGCAUGGCCUUCAGAUUAGCACAACAACAGAGCUUCAAGUAAUGGGUUUUCAUGGCCAA